CACCAACCUUCAGCAAUCUUUUUUGUCGCCUCCCUGAUAUCACUGCACACACACAUACAAAGAUUAUACCCAGAUGUUUGAGAUGCCAGAGUGACAUUUUCUUAAUUGUCUUUCCAUUCUAUUCCAUUCCCUUCAUUUUUUUUUUUUUUUUUUUUGUCCAAUCAGAUUUUCAGCCUCUACGUUCUGCCGUCUCAAUCUAAUCUGUCUCGGUUACGUUUUGCUAUGACAAAUGAGGUCAGAUUGGGAUCCCCAUUGGCCAUGAGGUUUGCAGAGGACAUUGCGAUCUGCAGUGAAAGCAGGCAAGCAGGUAGAGGACCAUUUAGAACGGUGGAGGCAUGCGCUGGAAAAGGGAGGAAUGAGCAAGACAGAAUGUAUGCGCGUUAAUGAGAGGGCUGGAGAAGAGAUAGCGAGGGUGGAGGUCUGUAAACAAACCGUCCAGAGCAACAGUGAGUUUGGUAAGCAGGUGAAGAAACGGAUCCUAGCAGGAAGCAACAGUUGGAGGAAUGAGGUCAGGGUCUCUAAGUUUAUAAGGCAGUGGUUCUCUUUAUUCAGCGAAGCAGACUCAUCAAAUAGGAGCAGAUCAUGAUACCCCACAAACACCUUUGUAAUUGUUGAUGGUCAGCAGAGGCAAAAAAAGGCCGCUCCGCCACCAUCGCCUCCAAUCCAAAGCGCUUGUAAACCGACCCUCGCAGUCUAAGCACAUCCUCUGUGCUGGGGUCCCUUAUUGCCAGGCACACACACACAAUACACACAAACUUGUACAUGCACACGCUCACAUUCCUCCGCAGGCUCUACAAGGGGCAGGCUCAGAGUGUGCUGGAAGCCUGGAACUGUUCUUCAGUGAGAGUAUCUCUCACUCUCUGCAGUUGUUAAAGAGAGCAGACGGGGGAAAGCAGGAAGGUAACCAGGGGAGGUCUAACCGCACCAUCCCAGAUUACCCGGCACCUAUUUUAAAAGCGCUGAGUGACUGAUGCGCCGUUUGCUGCUGACUUGGAAGAAGAUCAAGAGAACCAAGUUGUCACCCUUGCAUGAGAUGUGUCAAACUUUUCCCGGCCCGCGGCGAAACUUAAAAGUUACAUAAGGACAGGAUCUCAAGGACAACGGUGGCUUUCAAUGGUGGCCCACCAAUGUAAAGAUGGACUGCAGAUAUUUGAGCUCCGCAAUGUACUUCACAGCCUCUUGAUGCGUAUCCGAAGAAAACACCCAGCCAAAACGCCGACGAAACAAAAAGAAGAUAAAGGACUCCCAUUGCCGGCACCGCUGAUAUGAUGCUGUGCUACACGUUUGUGUAUCACUUGCUGUCUUUGGCAGCCAUUGCAGUGAUUGUGAGCUGCGGAGGAGGCGAGCAGAGGAGAGGCGCCGACAACACCGGCGGCAGCGGCGGCGGCAACAACGGAGGAGGUGGCAGCAGACGAUUCCAUAAGAUCCAGCACGGCCAGUGCACCUACACCUUCAUCCUACCUGAAGGGGCGUCAGCUGGGGAGGGUUCCUGCAGGGAGGCAAAAGGCGGAAGCCCGCAGUAUAACGGCAACUCUCUGCAGCGAGACGCGCCGCCACCUGAUCCGGACUUUCCGAAACAGAAGAUCCAGCAGCUUGAACACAUUAUGGAGAAUUACACCCAGUGGCUACAAAAGAUUGAGAAUUACAUCAAAGAAAGCAUGAAAACAGAGAUGGCACAACUGCAGCAGAGCGCUGUACACAACCACACAGCAGCCAUGUUGGAAAUGGGCACCAACCUUCUCUCUAAAACUGCGGAACAAACCCGGAAGCUGACUGAUGUUGAGACACAGGUUUUGAAUCAAACAUCCAGACUUGAGAUCCAACUGCUGGAAAAUUCUCUUUCUACGAACAAGUUGGAGAAGCAAUUAAUGGUCCAGACCAAUGAGAUCAACAAGCUCCAUGACAAGAACAGCCUCCUGGAGCAGAAGAUGUUAGCGAUGGAGAUGAGGCACCACGAAGAAUUGGAGACUCUGAAGCAGGAGAAAGGAAGUCUCCAGGUUCUUGUCGGGAGGCAGAGCGGGGUUAUCAAUGAGCUCGAAGCCCAGUUGAGCCAGGCCACGGGAAACAGCACCGCCCUGCAAAGGCAGCAGCAGGAAAUGAUGGACACCGUCCACAACCUGCUCAAUCUUUGCUCCAAAGAUGGCGUCCCAAAAGUCCCGGAUGAAGAAAAGAAGUUCCGCGAUUGUGCUGACCUUUACCAGGCUGGCUUUCAUAAGAAUGGCGUCUACAACAUCCAGAUCAACUCGCAAGAGAACAAAAGGGUCUAUUGCAACAUGGAAACAGCUGGCGGUGGAUGGACGAUCAUCCAGCGCAGAGAAGACGGCAGUGUGGAUUUCCACAGAACGUGGAAGGAAUACAAAAUGGGUUUUGGAAGCACAUCUGCGGAGCACUGGUUGGGGAACGAGUACAUUUACCAGCUAACCAGCCAAAGGCAGUACGUUCUCCGCGUUGAACUGACAGACUGGGACGGACACCAAGCGUUCUCACUGUACGAUCGCUUUCAAAUUGGCAGCGAGAAACAGAACUACAGGCUGUUCCUGAAAAGUCACAGCGGGACGGCCGGCAGACAGAGCAGUCUGGUGAUCCACGGAGCGGACUUCAGCACCAAGGACAUGGACAAUGACAACUGCAUGUGCAAGUGCGCCCUCAUGUUCACUGGCGGUUGGUGGUUUGAUGCUUGCGGCCCAUCCAACCUGAACGGCAUGUACUUUGUGCAAGGACAGCACGUGGAGAAGAGAAACGGUAUCAAGUGGCACUACUUUAAGGGCUCCAGCUAUUCACUACGAGCCACGGCCAUGAUGAUCCGCCCGCUUGAAUUCUCCUAGUCGUCCAACCUCCGAAUGGCUAUUUAGCACAUUUAACAUUUAGCGGGACGCUUCCAGUUAUGUCCUCAUCUCAUUUCACCUGCCGUGCUUCAUAAACCUUUCCUCCCCAAUGAACUAAGUUAACAGCCACGGGGAAGAAAAACAGAGGCAGGCCCAAUUUAUGCUCCUGACCAGAUUAAACACACGUGUAAUUAUUUAAGGACACUAUAAUUCAAGUGUGUCGAUCCCACACUGGGAAAGUGGGCGUGGUUUUUGAAACGCCGAAAAGAAGGAUUUUUCUUGCGAUUUAUAAGAACGAGGACGUUCUGAACAGGACGCAGCGAUGGAUGGCAGAGCAGAAAAGACUCACAAACUGCAGGACAGAACUGAUGUUUUUUUUUUUGCUCUGAGGACACCACCCACAUAGUUGACCUUUUUGUACUCAAUUGUUGCUCACACUAAAGUGCCUUAAUUGUCGUCAUUGCAUUUUUAUAAGUAUUCAUCUCGUAUGAUAAUUGUAUACAAAUAGCCAUCAUCACGUGAAUGUCCACUGCAGUGCCGCGUAUUCUGAACCCAUACGAAGGAGAAGCGUGCUCAGUUUUAAGGUGACCUUUAUUUUAUGAAACGAUGAUAUUCAAUGGCGAGGCUUAGCCGAUUGUUUGUAGACUUGAUGUGUUGUGGAGGAAGACAUAAAGAAUGCAAAAAUAUAUAUAUAUAAUUCUAAGGGCUUAUAUUAAGCUGGUUGCCAUGUUUGUGAAAUGAAUAGUCCGGUGGUGGUCAUUACAUUUGUCCUCUCUCAUCAUAACGUCAACUGAGAAAAACAAAAGUUCUUUUUUUUUUUUGGGGAGACAUCAGCAUGGACACUUAAUCUGAAUUCCGAGUUUCUGUUUCCCAUUACUGCUGCUUGGGGUCGGAUAUGAGGCAUGUAAAUUCGUCGCUCCGGCAAAUUAUUCACAUGAACGGACAUUUCAUCACAUUCACCUUACAACAGGCGAAUGUGUCAGCGUUCAUGGAAAAGGAGCAUGUCGGAAGAGACAAAUGCGCAUUUGGGGUGUCUGGAACUUGUAAAGCUACCACUGACAUGUUCGAAUAACAUUUGGAUCAUUGAAUGUGUUUGUAUAUAAAUCAGCUUUCCAGAGGAAAGUUGUUUUUUUUUUUCUCUCUCUUCUCAGUCAGAUUAACAAAAUGAAGAUAACACGAGAAGUGUGUCACUGAUAACUGUGCUUUUACCUCAUUAAACUGUAGAUUUGCUGAUUUAUUUAAACAUUUUUUAUAACGUGGUCAGUGUUGUGUUGCUACCAAAUAAAAUGGGAGGCACUAAGAUUAGAA